UGAAUCAGGAGCGGAUGCGAUGUAUCCUUUUUCAGUGGACGCGACGGCCAAUGGGAGUCGGCCUGCGGAGCCAACACCGAGCCGCGCGUCCCCCAUUCAUUCAGAGCUGAACGGGCCCGCGGAGCCGGAGUGAGCGCAACGACGCGUCUGCUGCUUUUCUUUGCUUGUUGUUUUUUUUUUUUUGUUGCGCCAGCGCAGACUCCCCGCGACAAACAAGUGAGGAGAAGAACAAGAAGAAGAAGAAGGAGGAGGAGGACGUCUUGGAUCUACGCGCUCGCUCGCGUUUGACUUCAUUUCUCCGACAACGUUUUUUUUUUAAAUUUAAUUUAAUUUUAACCAUUAUUUUUUUCCCCCUCUCACCACAAUUCCUGCGGGACUUCUCUCAUAAGUAGGUCGCCUAUAGAUCGCCCCCCCCCCAAGUGCGCAGCAGAUCUCCGGGUUCCUCCGCGGUGGAUUUACUUUGCUUUAUCUUGGGACGAAUUGCACGCGUAGCCCCCGCGCAGCUCAACCUGCGUGCUGAACUGAAGCCACGAGAGAAGAGUAACACUAGUAGUGACGAGGGAAUGCCGCCAAAGGGAUACGCUCCUACUUGGAUUUACGCGCAGUGAACGUUAUGCACCAGACCUCGUAGUCUCCGUCUGGACGUUGCCCCUCUCCGUGGUGGAUGGAGUUUGUGCAGCUGCUUGGUUGAUGGAUUCGACGUUAUGGAUGGUUGCGCAUAGGUUUUCCGAUGCAUGCCAAGUCCACGGUGAAUGUCGGAAGUGGUGAUCCCCCCAGAUGGAGCUCCAAAGUCAACAUGGCCCCGGCGGUUCAUUAGUGGUGAUCCAGCAGCCUUCCCUAGAGAGCCGACAGAGGUCGGAUUACGAGCGGGAGCUCCAGCAUGCCGCCAUUCUCUCCCUGGACCAAAUCAAGGCCAUCCGCUCCAACAACGAGUACACCGAGGGGCCCUCGGUGGUGCGGAGGCCCCCCGCGUUGCCCCGCAUCGCCCCCAGGCCCCACGACAAGCAGGAGAGGACUCACGAGGUCAUCCUCGUCAAUGUGAACAACAAUUAUGAGCGCCGGCCGCCAGGCCACCGGGCGGGCGGGGGCCAGCAGCACGGCGGGUCCCGGGCCCCGGGCCUCAGCCGCUCCACUAGCACGGGAAGCGCCGCCAGCUCGGGGAGCAACAGCAGCGCCUCCUCCGAACAGGGGCUCCUGGCCCGCUCGCCCCCCUCCCGGCCCGGCGCCGGCUCGCAGCACCACCACAGGGCGGAGCGGCCCGUCCGGACUCAGCCCAAGCCCAAGGCCCUCUCGCAGAGCCAGCAGCCUCCCCCGGAGGCUCCGCUCAAGCCCCAGGGCAAGGGCAAAUCGGACUUCUCCGGCCCCGGCAAAGGGGCGGGGCCCGCCGGCCACCAGUUCAUCUGCGAGCGCUGCGGGAAGUGCAAGUGCGGCGAGUGCACGGCGCCCAGGAGCCUGCCGUCGUGCCUGGCGUGCGACGGCCAGUGCCUGUGCUCGGCCGAGAGCGCGCUGGAGCACGGCACGUGCAUGUGCCUGGUCAAGGGCAUCUUCUACCACUGCUCCAACGACGACGAGGGCGACUCGUGCGCCGACCAGCCGUGCUCGCUGUCGCGCUCCCACUGCUGCUCCCGUUUCCUGUGCAUGGGAUUAAUGUCGGUACUCUUCCCCUGCCUGCUGUGCUACCCGCCCGUCAAAGGGUGCCUGAAGGCCAGCCAGGGCUGCUACGACCGGGUCAACAGGCCCGGCUGCCGCUGCAAGAACUCCAACACGGUCUAUUGCAAGCUGGAGAGCUGGGCCCAACAGAGCCAGGAGAAACCCUCCUGAUCGCCCCCCCGCCCCCCUCCGGGCCCGUGCGUGUUUGUGGGAGACUCUUGAUGUGGAUCCUAUGAUGACAAUGACAGUGAUAAGUCACAAGUUAAUGUUUAGCAAACACUCUGAGCACCUCCCACCAGCCGCCCACCCUCGCUGCGGGGACCUAAGGAGCUAAGCAAAGGAGUAACGAAAACCACUCGAUUAUUUUUAUUUCUUCUGGAUCAGGACCAUGUUUUUACAGACCAGUGUUUGCCUUAACUGUUUCCAUGUCUGUCCCCGGCCUCGUCUUUUUUUUUUUUUUUUUAUGUAUAUGAAAAAGUU